UUAUGUUGAAGAAAAAUUUGAUAUGCGCGUAGUUUCGAGCAGAUUGCUUCAAUUUUCUAAGUAUGACGUGUUCAUAGAUAACAAAAGAAAAGUGAAAUUUUUUUGAAUUAAUCAAUUGAGUUAGUCAUAAAAUCAAAGUAUUUAAAGAUUCAUCGCAGAGAGCAAGACUUAUAUUUUUAGGAUACGUAAAAAGGCUUUUAUUAGUUGACUUCAUGAGGAAAAAAGUAUCCUUGGAAUUCAAAAGAACACAAUUCUUUUAUAAUUCUUUGGAUUCUCAAGAAAACCAAUGGCUGGACCACAUCAGAACGAGGAUUUGAGCCGUGCUAUAAAACAAAUAAGCUAUCACCCAGAUUAUUUGAGAGAAUUUUUGGGCACACAAAAUUUCCUUAUGAGUGAUAAUGGACCUCUAAGACAUGAUUACAGGCAUUACAUAGCAAUUAUGGCCGCUUCUAGACAUCAGUGUCGAUGCUUGAUUAACUACCAUAGACAUAGAUUUGCUGCUGUAGGUGGAAAUUUACAAUGGCUUCAGGGUCUCCAAUUCACUCCAAAGAAGCUGAAAAAUUUAAAUGAAAUAAACAAAAUCCUUGCACAUUCACCUUGGUUACUAAAAAGGUGCCAUAUUGAGAUUGCCCAAGAAACAGUGGAACAGUUGAUGGAAAAAAUGAGUGUUCUGCAGAAAAUGGAAAAAGAAUCUUCCGGUGAGGAAAGAAAUAUUAAUCCAUAUGAUUUACAAGACUCUGUAGAAACUCCAAAUGAUUGUGAUAUGGAAAGUAAUGAUGAAAUAAGUUCCUCAAAUAAUAACUCAGAAGAUAAACAUUCUAAAGAAUUUCUUAUUCAAGAUUGUACUUGGGAUGAUCAUGCUUAUUCCCUCCUAAAUGAGUAUUACAGUGAUGUUGGAACAGUUUUAGAUGAAAAAUUUAAAGUUGCUUAUGAUCUCACCUAUUAUACAAUGGGUCACAAAGAAAAUGUUGAUACCACCAUUUUUCGACGCGCUGUUUGGAACUAUAUUCAUAAAAUAUAUGGUAUUAUUCAUGAUGACUACAAUUAUUUAGAAAUGGAGGAUUUAUUGGAUUUUGGAUUUAGAUCUUAUGCUCAGACUGUGUGUUUUUAUCCUGAAAAAAUUAAAAAAGAUGCUCAUGAUGAGAUUAUGCGAGCUUUUAGACAUUCUGAGAAGGUUCAUGUAAAUCUAAUGCUGUUUGAAGCUAGAAUGCAGGCUGAACUCUUAUAUGCCCUUUCUGCCAUAAUGCACUAUAUGACAUGACCUUCUUGAAGAGGGAAAUGUUGGUUCAUGUAAAAAACUCAAAAAUAAUAAAAAUCAUAUGUAGAUUAGAUGAAUGUAUUGUACAUAUAUAUUUCAACUUAAUAACUGUUCAUCAUAUGAGAAUUAUCCAUAAAACUAAGUCACUAUAUUGUUGAACUUAAUUUUAUGAAUUAAUUCGCAUAAUCUAAUUCAAUCAUAUGAUACCAUUAUAUCAUAUAAUUGAAUUAUAAAUUAAUUAAAUUGCAUCAUAUGACGAUAAUCCCUACAACUCUUAAACUGGUUUUGUCGUAUGAUUGAAUCAUUUGGUGAUAAUACUCAAUCAUUUUAUGGUUGAUUGCAUAUAUCUUGACUGUAUAGUUAUUUUUCUAUUGAAGUUGUUUUAAUAAAGGUUAUUAGUUCAUUA